AUGCGCCCAAAGAAACCAGCGAGGCGGUCAAGAUAUGGCUGCCGUAAUUGCAAGCUGAGAAAACUCAAGGUUGAUCUCCCCGCACUCAUUCAUGCCUCAACUAAUCUUUAUCAGUGUGAUGAGAGCAAACCGCGCUGUAAAAAAUGCAGCUCAUUUGGGGUCUUGUGUAACUUUGGACUGAACAUCCCCGAUCUUCACCCAAUUACUCCCGACGCCGUGAAGGCCGUGAUUCGUUGCAAGCCAUCGCCUCAAAGACCUGUCGCGAGCGCUGUUUGGACGUCUGAUGAGUAUACCGUCUACCAAUUGAAUGCAAAAUGUCAAGACUUUGCCACAAGAUACUACGCGAGAAGUCUCUUGACGCCUGAUGAUGUGAACAUGGUCGACGUCAAUCAGAGAUUGUUUAAACUCGCCUUCACUAGCACAGCGCUCUUCAACAAGAAGCUACGCGAACCUGUCAAGACGCAGGACAAAGACCCGAUAUGGGGUACAGCAGCUGCGUUGGCCGUCUUGACGUUCUCGUCACCUGAUGCAUACAGACCUGAAGACUCAUGGCCUCUAAAAACCGGCGUCGACGACCUGCAUUGGGUGUCUAUGAUCAGUGGAAAGAUGUCGCUAUGGAAUAUGGUGGAUCCUCUACGAAAUGACAGUCUGUUUCGCGUCAUGGCUGUUACGAUUGCGCAGAUGCAAGCGCCUUUACCAGAAACCGGGAUAGUGGGUAUACCAGAGGCCUUGGCUGCUGUUUGCCAAUUGAACGAGACAUCUACGUCGGAGAACCCUUAUUUCUACGCUGCGCAUGCAGUUUCGCGCAUUCUUUAUUUACCGGAUAGUCAAGUCACAACAGGGCAGACCCAGCUCUUCACCCACAGAAUUGAGGGGCCCUUCAAGGAAUUACUCCUUUCCAGGGAUCCCGUCGCGUUAUCGUUGUUGUACAUAUGGUAUCGCAAGGCAGGACGGAGUAUAUGGUGGGUUGAGCUUCGAGCGAGGGUGGAGUGCCCAGCAAUCUGUCUGUAUCUACGACGCUAUCACGGGGAUGAUGUCGCGGUGCAUGCCUUGCUUCAGAGCGACAUCACACUUGGAUGA